AUAGAUCGAACAAAAGGGGGAAGGACGGGGAUACAAGAGGGAAAACCAAGAAAGAGGGUAUGUUAGGAUUUGCCAGUUGCCACUUCACCAAGAAGUAUAUAUCGUCCUUCUUUUCGAUUGUACUUAAUCAGUGUUAAAACUUAAAUCCCUCUUCCGUUUUCCAGCACUCAAAUAAAUUACAUCACCAACUACACACAAACAGAGUUCCCAGGUUUUAGCCUAGCUUCACAACUUGCCUCUUUCCAUCUUUUACCCCCCAUACCAACAUCUUAACCCCAUUGGUACGCGUGUUACAUUAGUUUGUGGAGUUUGAUUGUCUGGUCACAUGUCCAAUAAUCCGCAAUAUCCGGGUUUACAGCCUCUUCGGCCUCCUGGACCUCCCAUUGCUGGUUCACUGGAUCCUCAGCGCAGUUUUGUUCCACCUCCCAUGCCUGGUCAAUAUCGCCCUGUAGUUCCUACUCAGCAGCCUCAACAGUUCAUGCCCAUGCCAUCUCAACAUUACCCUCCUGUUGGUCCCAGUGGUCCCAUGAUGAAUGUUGGAAUGCCUCCUCAAAAUCAACAGCCCCAAUUUCCUCAACCCAUUCAACAGUUACCUCCAAGACCUGGCCAACAAUUGCAACUCCCACCACAGCCGCAGCCACUUCCAUUGUCAGUUGCUCGGCCAAACAUGCACAUGACAUCUGAAUCAAUGAUGCCGCAGCCUGAUUCUCAAGUGCCAAAUGGCUAUGCACCAAGCUUAGGUGGCCCGGGAAUGCCCCUUCCAGCAUCGUAUACGUUUGGACCAUCUUCUUAUGGUCAAGUGCAAACUAAUUUUAGCUCUGCUAGCCAAUUCCACCCUGCUUCUCAAAUCCAAGGUCCCUCUAGUUCUUCUUCCCAGAGCAUUACCUCUGAUACAGUUGUUCUGAGCAAUGACGAGAAACCUUCAACUACAUCCGUCACGCCUUCAGCAACUAGCAUCCAGCCUUCACUUGCUAAUGGUGGAUCCACAGAUUGGAUUGAGCACACUUCUUCUAAUGGAGUAAGAUAUUACUACAAUAAGAAGACUAAAGUAUCUAGCUGGGAGAGGCCUUUCGAAUUGAUGACCCCAAUUGAGAGGGUGGAUGCAACAACAAACUGGAAGGAGUAUACUAGUCCUAAUGGAAUAAAGUAUUACCACAACAAGGUCACUAGGGAAUCAAAGUGGAUGAUUCCUGAGGAACUGAAGUUGGCCCGUCAGCAAGUUGAAAAGGCAGUUGCCAAUGGAACACAUACUGAUGCUCUACCGAAUUCUCAUACUCAACCGUCUGUAACUCCUCCUGUGAUUGAAACAGCACCAACUGCAGCAGCUAAUUCAUCUUUGAUUGGUCAAGGGGAACCAUCAAGUCCUGUUUCAGUUGCUCCUGUUGUUAGUGCAUCUACAAGUCAUCCACAAUCUGAGAUGAGGUCUGGACCAUCUGCCUCUCCUCAUGUGGCUCCCAUAACUGGAAUGACAGUGGCUGAAGUAGAGUUACCAGUAAAUACUGCUACAAUAUCUGAUGCUGCAGCAGGAAGUGAUAGAGCUUCUGUUACCAAUCAGAAUGAUGGCAACAACUUUCUGGUGAAGGAUACACUGGGCUCUGCAGAUGAAGUUCCAGCAGAAGAUAAAGAAGAUGGUAAAAAUGAUUCGUUAGUAGAAAAAACAAAUGAUGUGGCUUCAGAAACAAAGGCAGAUACGGUUUCAGAAACAAGGGCUGAUUUGGCUUCAGAAACACAGGCAAAUGUGGCUUUGGAAACAAAGGCAGAUGCAUCUUCAGAAACAAAAACACGUGAACCAUUACCCUUAGUUUAUGCAAAUAAGAUGGAGGCUAAAGAAGCAUUCAAAGCACUGAUAGAGUCUGUAAAUGUUGGAUCUGACUGGACAUGGGAUCGAACUAUGCGAUUAAUAGUUAAUGACAAAAGGUACGGUGCAUUAAAAUCGCUUGGAGAAAAGAAGCAAGCUUUCAAUGAGUACUUAAGUCAGAGGAAAAAACAGGAAGCGGAAGAAAAGCGCAUGAAGCAUAAAAAAGCACGAGAGGAUUUUAAAAAGAUGUUAGAAGAGUCCACGGAGUUGAAUCCAUCCACUAGAUGGAGCAAAGCCGUGACAAUAUUUGAAAAUGAUGAACGUUUCAAGGCUGUUGAGCGUGACAGAGAUCGCAGGGAUAUGUUUGAUAGUUUCUUGGAGGAACUUAUAAACAAGGAACGAGCGAAGGCUCAAGAAGAACGGAAGAGGAAUAUAACAGAGUACAGGAAGCUUUUAGAAUCUUGUGACUUUAUAAAAGCUAACACGCAGUGGCGAAAAGUUCAAGACCGCUUAGAGGCUGACGAAAGAUGUUCGCGUCUUGAGAAAAUUGACCGCUUGGAAAUAUUCCAGGACUAUUUACGUGAUUUAGAGAAGGAAGAGGAAGAGCAGAAAAAGUUACUAAAGGAGGAAUUGAGAAAGACAGAACGUAAAAACCGUGAUGAAUUCCGCAAAUUGAUGGAAGAGCAUGUUGCUGCUGGCAUUCUUACGGCAAAAACUCAUUGGCGUGAUUAUCACAUGAAGGUGAAAGAUUUACCUGCAUAUCUAGCAGUGGCAUCAAACACAUCAGGUUCAACUGCAAAAGACUUAUUUGAAGAUGUUGCUGAAGAGCUAGAGAAACAAUAUCAUGAUGAAAAGAGUCGAAUUAAGGAUGCAGUGAAGUUGGCUAAGAUAACAUGGUCAUCAACCUAUACUUUUGAAGAGUUCAAAUCAGCUUUAUCUAUUGACUCUCCUCCAAUAUCUGAUUUUAACUUAAAGCUAGUGUUUGAUGAGCUACUAGAGCGGGCUAAGGAGAAGGAAGAAAAGGAGGCCAAAAAACGGAAACGUCUAGCAGAUGAUUUCCUUCAUUUACUAUAUUCUACUAAGGACAUUACUGCAUCUUCAAAAUGGGAAGAUUGUAUAACACUUAUUGAAGAUAGUCAAGAGUUCAGAUCUGUUGGAGAUGAUAACCGUUGCAAGGAAAUAUUUGAGGAGUACAUUACACAACUGAAAGAACAGGCAAAAGAGGGUGAGCGGAAACGGAAAGAGGAGAGGGCAAAGAAGGAAAAGGAUAGGGAGGAAAAAGAAAGACGAAAAUCUAAGCAAAGAAGGGAAAAAGAAGGAGUUCGCGAAAGAGAGAAGGAAAAAGCAGACAGUGACAGUGCCGACUUAACGGAGAAAGGCGAUAGUAAAAACAAACGGAGGCAGCAUCAAAGUCCUGAGCACACUUCUCAUGAAUUGGAUAAAGAGAGGAGUAAGAAAUCUCAUGGGCAUAGUAGCAGCGACAGGAAGAAAUCGAAACGACAUUCAUCUGGUCAUGAAUCAGAUGAAGGCCGGCAUAAAAGACACAAGCGCGACCACCGCGGUGAUCCUCACAGAGAAGGUGGUUAUGCGGAGGCGGAAGACGAUGACUAUGGUAAAGAUGUUGAUAGAUGGUAAUUUUGCUGAUCUAGACUCCUAUAGCAACCUUUAGUUUUUGUCAUUAUGUAACAUUUAUUCAAAUUAUGAAAUAUAAAUUUUGAAGAGUAACUUGUAUAAUGAAGAUCUUACAUUACAUGUAGACUUAAUAGUAGGAAAGAUUUAGUUCUCACUAUGGAGCAUGGUUUGCGGCAACUUGCACUUAUGAUAACUCCAUCACUAUCAUUGUUUUUCAACCCAAAAAAAAAAUGAAAUUCUUUCUUUUGUAUUGCAAUUACAUGAAAGCAUGUUUCACAAGGCCAUGGUAAACAAGAUCAGUGAAAAUACUUUCAAUAUUGCUUUAACAUCUCGUUGAGUUCCUCUUACAUUAUAUUUUUUAUUUAGAGUCAUUAUUGCUUGAUUCACAUUCCUUAACAAAAACUGAUUAAUCACUCAAAUAGGAUAAGAGGCCCUGAUCCCUAUCCUCUUCUGUUAGCAUAUUUAAUGUUGUGAGGAUUAGCAUCAUCCACCACUAUCAUGUCACAUGCACAAAGUCAAAGUGGCGUAGCCGCUUUGGGCGCCUAUUUAUGUGUAGAAGUCAAUUAUUUCAUUUGAAAGGCAAUAAUAUGCAUACAGUAGAUACUUCAUAGAUUUGUACCACUGAUUGGAAUUGGUCACAAUAAAUGAGUUCUACAAUUACAAUUAAUAUAAAUACUAUAGUAU